GUUCGUGUACCUGUUCUUCUCGGCCUACAAAAAUAAAGGUUACCGGGUUACCAGAAAACAUAGAUGAAGAAGAUCUCCAAAAUAUCUUUGAAAACAAACGAAGGCAGGGCGGUGGAGAUGUAAGACAUGUCCAAGUUUUUGAGAGCCAAGGAACAGCAAUUAUUGAAUUUGAAGAGAGUGAAGCUGUUGAAAUAGUUCUUAAAAAGAGACCUAUUUCUAUCAAGAAAACAAAAGUCAGUGUGUACAUGUUUCAUUCAUCUAAUACUGUGGAAGUCAGGAACAUUCCAACAGACGUAUCAAUUGAAAGUCUCAAAAAGUAUUUCGAAGAACAAGCCUCUGAUGAGGACAGUAUUACCUGCAUCGUUAUGGAAGCUGACGUUGCCUUCGUGACAUUCAAAAAUGAACAAAUAACAAAACAGAUUGCAAACAAGGAUCGUCACACUCUCGAAAACCAUCGGCAACCCAUAGUGGUAAACUUCCAUGAUCCAGAACUGGUGCAUACAGAUCAAAUGAAUGUUACAGGUUCUUCAGAUCUAAAUAUUGACCACGGAUUGCAGACAUUCGAUGAAAAGAAACAUCACUUCAAAAAUCUUCUUGAAAGAAUGGGUUUAUUAUCCAGAGUUGACAAGCUAAUAGCCGUGACGGAAGUUCUUUCGGUUCACAUAGUUUCCACAGAGACACAAGAAGUAGAUGAAAGAGUUUAUCCCUGGACUUUUCUUCAUAAACUCUGCACAGGAAAUUACAAAGCUAGGGACAUGUGUUUUGCCUUAUCAGAUCGUGAUCAGUCAUCAAACACAUCUCCGUUAGAUAAUUUGGAUAAAGAAUCAGAGGAGCGAAUAAGUCCACUGGAUUUAUUUCUAGCCAUUUAUAGUUGUUGUGAUCCUAUGUUGAAACAGUUAAUAUUCAAAAACUUGUAUCUUUGCAAACUAGCAGUACCUUUCAUUUUUGACCAACUCUGUUCUUCUGACCAGUGCCCAAGUGUGUCUGUCUGGCCUCUUCGCGCUUUGCUUAUAGAAAGUAAAAUAGCUCAAGAUGGUAACACUGAGUCUGAAGUUUUAGAUUUACAAUCAGCAAGAGUAACAUUUGCUCGAUUUGGCCGACCAUCCUUUUCGAAGUCAAAAGUAUUGAAUUCUUUGUUGAGUCAGGGCGCUUACAACACAUUUUACAAUUUUGACUGUACAUAUGGGACAACAAAAAGAAACGUUAGUGAUGGGUAUGUCGAAAUGUUCUGGUUACCAAUAGUAAAAAAUGAAAAAAGCAAUAUUAGUUCUCCGCUUACAUUUUUUAAUGUCCGCGGUGAUCUGCAAAUGUAUUUUUGCGAACACGUAUUACCAUUUCUAUCACAAAUUACUGAUAUCUUUGUUCUGGUAAUUGAAGUUCAAUCUCUUUUACAGAGGUUUGACGAAGUUCAAGGUAUUGUAAAAAGUUACCGUUAUGUAUUACUAAUUAUUUGUGGUCGUUUGGAUCCAAAAGAUGUACAUAAAGUAAAUAGUUUAAAGGAAUUCGAAGCUAGCCUUAAAGAAAACAAUCCAAAGUCGAUCAUACAUAUUGUUCUUACACAUGAAUGCGGCAUCGAAAAAAAUAUGAAACAAGUGGCAAAUGUUAUAUCAGAAAGGAUAGAAACUUUUGAGAAAGAUAUUGUCAAGACCACCCUCAAAGACCGUCUGUCAAAUAUAGAAAAUAAAAGUGUUAUAAUAGAUGAAACAGAACAGUCUUGUGUGGAAGGAAAACGUAUUGCUACAGAUAUUAUAGAAGCUAUGGGUACGCAAAAAGAUGCUCCACUACUGUGGAAGAAGAGAGUCACACCGGUACAUUCUCUAUAUUCCAGAUGUCUUGGCGAAAAUAAUAUGAAAAUCCGCAGAGAACAAGACCUAGCACGGAUUGAACAGUUAAAGUACGAGAUGGAUAAUCUGAGAAAGGAGCAGAUUAACAACAUUACUCCAGCUAUCAAGCUUUUUGCAAGAUACCUUGUUUCAAAAGCAGAGUCGCCGUCUUGUCUGAGAUUUAUUUUAGCAUGGCUGAACAUUUUUAUUCAAUUGGAAAAGCAAAAAUUACUGCCACAAUUAAUAAAAGAAAAUAGAACUGCAUGGAAGAAAAUGGGCGACAUAAAAAGCCAGAGCAAUCCGAAUUCGGAAUAUAUUGAAGUACAAAGAGAAACUAUUAAAAGGACGGAAAACCAAUUACAAGAAGCCUCAUUCAACAUAGAACUAUUGUUCCAUGAGAUAGGAAACAUUUAUGAUACUAUUAUCAUUCUGAGGAAAGAUAGUACAAGCUUAGAGCUUCCAUCUAUCAGAGCUAUAGUGGAAGUUUGUGCAUCACUUUUUGUAGAAGGCAACACACUAGAAUUAAUUGACAGUGAAGCGUUUUAUAUGCCUCAGCACUGGAUCGGAAAGGUUUUUGAAAGGGUUUCUGAAAUAAUGGGAUCUCCGAAAGUUUUGACAGUGUCGAUUUUAGGCAUUCAGAGCUCUGGCAAAUCUACCUUAUUAAAUACAAUGUUUGGCUCUCAAUUCCCAACAAGUGUUGGUAGAUGUACAAAAGGUAUACAAAUGAAAUUAUUACCCUUACAUAUAGAUAAUGUAUUUCAAAAUAUUUUAGUUUUGGAUACAGAAGGAUUAAGAGCUCCAGACGUCAGUGACGAAAAGUAUACAUUUGACAAUCAGAUGGCCACAAUGAUUACCGGGCUCGGUGAUAUAACAGUUAUGAACGUUAUGGGGGAAAACCCUAUGCCCAUCAGGGAUAUAUUACAAGUAGUGAUUCAUGCUUUUCUACGUCUUAAAUUAGCAGAUCCAGAUAUCGACUUAAGAAAAAUGUGUACUUUCAUCCAUCACAACGUUUCAAGUGUAAUGGCUCUUGAUAAGAUGAGGCCAUCCGUAAGCAAACUGAUGGAGAUACUUGAUAGUGUCACGAAACAUGCGGCUGAAAUGGAGAGCAUUCCAGGUGUUGUGGAAUUCAAUCAAAUGAUACAAUUUGAUAUGACAUCACAAGUUUGGUUUCUACCAAAUUUAUUGGAAGGGUGUCCGCCGAGAAUUACAUGCGAAUACAGUUCUCAAGCUGCUGACAUAAAAAGUAAACUGUUACAGUUGGCCAUUAGUGACACAGAAAAGUCAUACGGAUCACUUAAUGACGUACUAAUACAUGCAAGAGAUUUAUGGAAAGGAGUUUUAACAGAAGACUUUGUUUUCUACUUUCGAAAUAGUGAAGAAAUUCGGGCAUACAAUUUUCUAGAAAGUAAAAUUAUGCACUGGUUGUCUGAAAUGCAAUGCUUCUGUCGGAAAAAGUGCAUCGAAACUUCACAGGAAGUGGUCCAAAAAUGCAAUGAGCAGCAAGAACUUGAAGAAGCAGCGGAAGCAGCUAAUAAAUUAGUAUUCGACGAUCUUCACAAUAAAGAAAUUAAAGUUAAGGAAGAAAUUGAUAAAUGUUUCAAUGAAAAUGAAUUCAAAAAUACAAUUUGUCGAUGGAAAGACGAAACAACAAGAAGAUUUGAGUAUACAUGCAUGGAUUUACGCAAUAGCAUCAAGAAGGAAACCGAAAGAUUUCGCCAAAAAAGGAGUAUUGAGAUAUUUCAAAAUUCCAAUCGCGCUGAGCACGAAGAUAAGCUUCAUGAGAAGUCAGUGAAACUUGCAAAACUCGCUAAAGAUAUGUCAGUUGAAAAUGUAAACAAACAAUUUGAAAACAUAUGGCAGGAAUUUGUAAAGGAAAUAGAAAACAAGUCCCAAGUUCCAACAAGUUACAGAAAGCAAGAAGACACGGCAGCUUUAUUGAUAAGUAGUGAAAUAGAAACAAUUGCUCGAGAAGCUAUUAGAUUGUGCUUGCCUAGUAAAGUAUUGCAUGAAUUACUAGAUACGACAAUAGCCUCAACAAAAUUGGAUUUAAUCAUAGACAUGUUAACUGAUAUGGCUGAAGGAGAGAAGUUUUUUCCAUUUACGGUUUAUAUUGAAAGCCCAAGUGAAUAUGCAGAGACGUGGAUAACAGAACAAUCAAAGAAUCAUUUGCCAGGAUGCUGUUCUGGAAUCCAGGAUAGUGAGUCCAAGAAAGCAAUGCUAGAAACAUGUAACUUCAACGUCCAAAAGCCGGGCCAAAUUCACAACUGCCUUGCAUUCAAUUUUGCUUGUAAUCGCGUAGAAGGAAAGUCAUGCGAUGAUAGUACAAUGCAUUUGUUCAGUGAGUACCGGAAAUAUCUUCCUGACUGGGAUAUCGAACCAGACAUGGAUAUGUCUGAGAACUCUGAGUUUUGGAUGUGGUUUGUUGCUACAUAUAAACAGCAGUUAGCCGAUUAUUAUGGUUAUAAUGUUUCUAAUAUUCCUGAAUCGUGGUCGUAUAUUUCAAAAUCACUUGCUCUCAUAAACUUACGUAAUAAGUACAGUUUAACCUGUCUUAAGCAGCCAACCAAGAGAAGCAGACAAGGUUGUUUACCAACGUCGCCAUUUUGGUAA